CGCGAACUUCCAUCCCUAAUAGCGUGGAUCUGGUCCCCACGAGAACCCAAAAUAAUAUGCAGAAAAUUAAAAAGAAAACAAAACCAAAACCCAAACCUGUUCCGAUGGAAGUGGAGGAGAGUGAACCGGAAGACACGCCCUCAAAUGAACCACAACCGGAGGAAAAGGACCCCGAGGAUCCGAAUGCCUCCGACGACGACGAUGAAAUGGACCUGGCUAACUUUAAAGUCAGCUCCAGUUCAUCCGCUCCCACAAAGAAACGCAAAAAGGGUAUAAUUUACAUAUCCAAUAUUCCCAAGCACAUGAAUGUGACGCGCCUGCGGGAAAUCCUAGGCGAGUACGGAACCAUAGGAAGGGUUUAUCUGCAGCCGGAGAAACUGUCUAGUGCCAAGGCCAAGAAAAACAAACGGAAGCAUUACAAUAUCCACUUUACUGAGGGCUGGGUAGAGUUUGAAUCAAAGCGUGUGGCCAAGCAGAUCGUUCCCCUGCUGAACAACAAACAAAUCUCCACGAGGAAGAAGUCGCAGUUCUUCGACUCAUUGUGGAGCAUGAAGUACCUGCCUAGAUUCAAAUGGGUGCACCUUACCGAGCGCAUGAACUACGAGCAGGCGGUACACAAGCAACGCCUUCACACGGAGGUCUCACAGGCCCGCAAAGAGACCACCUUCUUCCAGAACAACCUCGAUAAGAGCGAGUUCCUCAAAAAGCAAGCGAAGAAGGCCAAAAAAGCCGAAAGGAGCCAGGCCGCCAAGGCUGAGACUGAGGCUUGAGUCCUCGUUAGACUGUUGUAUCUUUGUUUACCUGAUGAGAAAUAUAUUUUAAUUAAGCAUA